GAAUUCAAGGGGGAUGCGAUUGCGGGGUUUCACAUCUGUGCCCUGACUCACCCGAUUAUAUCGCGACACUUGGUGUUUUUUCCCGUCGCCCCUAGAAAACAGUCACAUCGAACGCCAAUCCACAUUCACCAGUCCUCUUUUUGCAGCAGCAAAGACCAAAUUCAUCACCCGCCUGCGAUGGCGUCCAUCUACAUCGACGAAGACGUCGGUAAGGACGAGUCCAGCCAAUUGGGCUCCGAGACCUCGCCCUUCAAGACCCUCCAAUUCGCCUAUAUCCAGCGCCCCGCCGAGUCCCAGUACCUCGUGCGAUCGCCCGCUGCCGAGGGGGACGCCGAUGCCGUCGACGGCAAGGUCUGGAAGCCCGCCGCCAAGUCGGCCCUAAAGAAGGUCGUCAACUACUACGAGCAGCAGAAGAAGAAGGCCGCACGCGAGCAGGAACUCGCUGCGAAGCGCAAGCAGGAGGAGGACGAACGCAACGCCAUCUUGUUGAAGGCCAAGGAGAUCGUGCUCGAGGAUGACGCUAGCCUCCCUGCGCCCCUCAAGAUCAAGUUGGACGACGUCGGCGACCACAUCAAGCUGCGCAGCCUAGACAACCCCGAAAGCAAAGGCACACGUGUCCGCGUCCUGGGUCGCGUGCACCGUGAACGUAAACAGAAGGAUGUCUUGUUCGUCACACUGAGAGAUGGCUAUGGCUUCAUGCAAGUUGUCAUCUCCGGCAAGCUCGCCAAGACCUACGAGGCCUUGACAUUGACGCGUGAGACAUCCAUGGAAAUCUACGGUGAGAUGCGCCAGGUCCCCGCCGGCGCGAGAGCCCCUCUCGACCGCGAGCUGCACGCCGACUUCUACAAGAUCCCUAGCUACUGGCGCGCUGCCGGUGGCGACGAGGCCAUCACCAACAGAGUUACCGCUGAUACUGACCGAUCCACCCUUCUCAACCUUCGCCAUCUCACACUACGUGGUGAAGGUGCCUCUUCCAUCAUGAUCGUUCGCGAUGCUGUUGAGGGUGCAUUCUCUCAGGCAUUCAGAGAAUUAAGAAUCCGCAAAGUCAGCCCUCCAGCUCUUGUCCAGACUCAGGUUGAAGGAGGAGCUACCCUCUUUAAGUUCGACUACUACGGCGCCGACGCCUAUCUCACACAGUCGUCGCAACUUUACCUAGAGACUUGCUUACCGUCGAUGGGCGAUGUGUACUGUAUCGAGAAGUCCUUCCGUGCUGAGAAAUCAUUGACGAGACGGCAUUUGUCUGAGUUUACACACGUCGAGGCCGAGUUAGACUUCAUCACUUUCGACGAUCUGUUGGCUAACAUAGAGCACAUGAUGUGCCGUGUUCUGGAGAUCGUCAUGGCCGACCCGGUCAUUGCGGCCUACAUCGAGACCCUCAACCCAGACUUCACACUACCGCAGAGGCCGUUCAUGCGCAUGAAGUACUCGGAUGCCAUCCAAUGGCUAAUAGACCACAAGAUCGAGAACGAGGAGGGCCAGCCCCAUUCCUUCGGCGACGACAUUGCUGAGGCAGCUGAGCGCAAGAUGACGGAUAUCAUUGGAAAGCCCAUCUUCUUGACUCACUUCCCGGCCCAUAUCAAGGCGUUCUACAUGCAGCGGGAUCCCAACGACGACCGUGUAACGGAGAGUGUGGACUGCCUCAUGCCUGGUGUUGGCGAGAUCGUCGGUGGCUCGAUGAGGUUAGAUGACUAUGAUGCGCUGAUGGCGGCGUUCAAACGCGAGGGACUGGAUCCGGCUACGUACUACUGGUACACUGACCAGCGGAAAUACGGUAGCUCCCCCCACGGUGGCUGGGGUCUAGGUCUCGAGCGUUUCCUCGCUUGGCUGUGCAACCAGCAUACUGUGAGAGAUUGCUGCCUGUAUCCUCGUUUCAUGGGUCGCUGUGCGCCUUAGAAGUCAUCGCGUGUUGUUUGGUGGAUGGAAGGGUCAAGUGGUUAGAGCAUUUGCUGCUAGAUUUGUAUGCUUCUAUGAACGACGGCAUUCCGGAAGAAAUUCGUGCCGUGCGACAGAUCAGAUAGAUAGUUUGCAUGUGUACGUAGACACCGCAUGUUACAAUGAUGAAUGAAGACCAUCGAGUCAGGGCUCGCAUGUUGUUAUAA